CUGAAUCACAUUAUUUAACUAUUGUCCUCGUCAGUUAAAAGUAUAAUUAUUGUAGACCUAUUUUUGUUGUAUUUAUUGUGCAACUCAACAUUGAACCAAUAAGAUUUUGAAUAAACUAUUACUACACAAGAGUACUAUGGCAGAUACUAUAGGAAAGGUAAUUAAAUGCAAGGCGGCUAUUGCUUGGGAGGCAAAAAAACCUUUGGUUCUUGAAGAUAUUGAAGUAGAACCUCCCAAAGAAAAUGAAGUUAGGGUGAAAAUUCUUGCUACAGCUAUUUGUCAUACAGAUGCAUACACCUUAGGUGGUAAUGAUCCUGAGGGAAAUUUUCCAUGUAUUUUAGGACAUGAAGGAGCCGGCAUUGUGGAAAGUGUUGGACCAAAUGUUGAAGAAUUUCAACCAGGGGACCAUGUUAUUCCAUUGUACAUUCCACAAUGUGGAGACUGUAAAUUUUGUUUGUCUCCUAAAACAAAUGUAUGCAGUAAAAUUAGAGUUACCCAAGGUCAAGGAAAAAUGCCCGAUGGUACAUCUCGUUUCACUUGCAAAGGUCAAUCAUUAUACCAUUUCAUGGGAUGUUCUACUUUCAGUGAAUAUACAGUAGUAGCAGAUAUUUCAUUGUGUAAGGUUGAUCCUGCUGCUGCUUUUGACAAAAUUUGUCUUUUAGGAUGUGGUGUAUCAACUGGAUUUGGUGCUGCUCUAAAUACUGCUAAAGUAGAAACUGAUUCAACAUGUGCUGUGUUUGGCUUAGGAGCUGUAGGGUUAGCUGUGAUUAUGGGUUGUAAAGCAGCUGGUGCUAAGAAAAUCAUUGGUGUAGAUAUAAAUGAAAGUAAAUUUGAACUAGCUAAAUUAUUCGGUGCUACAGAUUUUGUAAAUCCAUCAAAUUUUGAUAAACCGAUCCAAGAUAUUCUCAUUGAGAUGACCAAUGGUGGACUGGAUUAUACAUUUGAAUGUAUUGGGAAUGUUAAAACAAUGAGAGCUGCUUUAGAAGCUUGUCAUAAAGGAUGGGGGACAUCUGUAAUUAUUGGAGUGGCUAGUGCAGGGCAAGAAAUUUCUACGCGGCCUUUCCAGCUCAUUACUGGACGUACAUGGAAAGGAACUGCAUUUGGAGGAUGGAAAAGUAAAGAAAGUAUCCCUGAAUUAGUUUUGAAAUACUUGGAUAAAAAUCUUAUGUUAGAUGAAUUUAUUAGCCAUAAACUCCCAUUUACAUCUAUUAAUGAAGGAUUUGAAUUAUUGCAUGUAGGAAAAAGCAUUCGUACAGUUCUUGAAUUUUAAAUUGGAAUUUAACUACAAAGAAAGAUAGUAGUCACAGUUUCACAGAAAUAAUAUUUUAAGUAAAAAUUGUGUAUUCUAAAUAAUUGAUGACACACUGCAG